GAGCACGUGGCCAUGGCCGAUAGAAGAAGUGAAUUUGACCGUCUUGAUCCAGCCUUGCAGAACAGAAUUAGACGCACUCUGAGGAUAGCUGGAGCUUGGUUCGGCCUUGUAGUUGUCAGUGCUGGUGUGGCGAUCGUGUGCAAGCCUUAUUUGGACAAGAAACGACGGGAGAGAGAGAAUCAACCUGACUUUGUACCCACUGUCACUGUCAAGCGACCUAGAGCUCCAUCAGAGAAAAAAUAGUCUUCUCGAGACUUAAUCAUUAAAGAUCAACUGAAGUGUAUGAGUUCAGAAAAAAUGGCGAAUGAAAGUUUACAAGGCCAAGAACUGUUUGUUGAGUGCAUUAAAACCUGCUGUGGGGACAUUCAAGCUCUACAGAGCCUAUUCGAGGAAACACCCGGAAACGAGCAAGACAAGAAGUCAAUUCUUGAGCAAUCCUUUCGAGACACUCUCCACUCUGUCCUUGUUUCAGGGUCCCUGAAUAACACAGAUAGGACGCAAUUGGUCAAUCUCUCUAUUGCUGCAGCACAAGGUGGUAUUUGCUACUUCACAGUUCCGUUUAUUCUUUUGGGGGACAUUUUCGAUUGCUCUACUCUUGAUGUUUGCGAAGAAGUGUUCGGUUUUGUGGAGAGUCUUGUUGCAACUUGGACCAGCAAAGAGUUUUAUAGCUCUGGAAAAAUCCUCCUUUUGAGAAUGUGCAAUGAUCUUUUGCGACGGCUUUCUUCUGCUCAAAACACAGUAUUCUGCGGUCGAAUUCAACUCUUUUUGGCACAACUUUUCCCCCUCUCUGAAAAAUCCGCUCUGAAUCUAAUGAGCCAUUUCAAUCUGGAAAACAUCACGGCCUACAACAAAGAAGCCGGAAAGAAUGAAAGCCUAGAAAGCAACGACGAGGCUAUGGAUAUAGACACAGGAACUGAUGUCAAACCUGGGCCACCUAUUGAUUACAAUUUGUACCACAAGCUUUGGUCAAUUCAAGACGCAUUUCGACAGCCCAUUGAUUCAUUCUCGUCCGAUUUCUGGAAGGCGUUUACAGCAAAUAUUCAAGAAAUUUUACAGGCCUUUUCUAGUUUCAAGCUCGAGGACACCUCAGAUCAUGCGAUAGGCUCGUCUCAAAAGCGACCCAAAAAGCAAAGGCAUGCAAGUACGGCUGAGUAUAGCGAAUCACACUACUUUGCGAAGUUUCUAACGAGCGAAAAGCUAAUGAAUCUGCAGCUCCAAGAUUCUCAUUUCCGUAGGCACAUUCUCAUUCAGUUGCUUGUCCUAUUCCAAUAUCUGACAACUGAUACCAAGUUCAAGACUUCGGCUCAAGUACUGCCUGAUUCCGGUUCCCAGUGGGUCAAGGACACUACAGAAGAAGUGUACAAACUAAUUGAAGAGACGCCACCCAAAGGAAAGAAAUUCGCUGCCUACAUUCGCAAGAUGCUUCAGCAAGAAACGAGUUGGAUUGCUUGGAAAAACGAUGGCUGUCCAUCAUUCGAGAAACACUCACUGUCCAACAAAGACCUCACACCAAUCUCAACGAAAGACCACAUUGGGGACAGAGCGGAUUCCCCCACUAUUGAUAUGGGUAAUGCUGAGUUAUCACGUCUCUGGAAUUUAGGCUCUGACAAUCUCGAAGCAUGCAAGCAAAAGUCGCGAAAUUUUACUCCCGAUUUGAAGCAGUUUCUUGAAGAACCAAUCGAGCAAGCCGACCCUGAAGCAAAGAUAGAAGCUGACUUCAAGCUGAUUAGUAAUCCUAACUUUACCUGGCGAGCUCUGAGGCUGUUGUCGCAAGGAAGUUCUCAUUUUUUUCAAAACACGACUGCUUCAAUUAAGCAGAUACCAGAGUUCCUCGAGCAGGUGAUGAUACAGACUGGAAAAGACUUUCAGAAUGGAACAACUUAGUGAACUUUGUUGUAUUGAAUAUGUGCUAGCUAUCUACAUGUGCUAUUAAUUUUGUAAUGACCAAUGCCCUAGCUAUUAUUAUUAUUAGUACAUCAACUUUACAAUUAUAAUUAUUGUCCAACAUGAUAA